CGCCCCUAUCGUUCUUGAUAGUAUCCCUGGUUUCGGCGCUCCUUUACCAGCCUAUGAGCUCGGAAAAUGACCUGGCAACAGGAAAUGUACUACUGCUCACCGCCCACCCCGACGACGAGGCCAUGUUCUUCGCGCCAACAUUGCUCGCGUUGACCUCACAGCAGCAACAUGGCCUGGUUGACAUCGAAACACCGCAAGAAGUCCUCUCUGCGCAGCGGCCGCAGAAGAAAGUCGACGUGUACUCUCUGUGUCUAUCUGUCGGUGAUGCAGACGGACUAGGUCGCGUCCGUCCUGAUGAACUGUCGCGCAGUUUGGACAUUCUAGGCGUUCCUGAGAAGAACCGCAAAAUAGUUGACCAUCCUCAACUACAAGAUAACUUUACGCAGUUCUGGGACUCGUCUGUCAUUGCACAAGUCAUUAAACCUUAUGUCCUAGAGAACCAUAUCUCGACUAUCCUUACAUUUGACAAAAAAGGCAUCUCCUCUCAUCCGAAUCACAGGGCUCUCCCAGCAGGCGUCACACACCUCCUUCGCGACUUGCCUGACAAUGAGCGCCCACGUCUUUUCACCUUGGUCUCCGUCCCAACAAUGGGCAAAUACACCAGCGUAUGGGCACCUACCAUGGCUAAAUUCGACCUCUACUCUUCCAAAGCUCUUCACCAAUUUGAACUCCUCGUCGUCAAGAUUCUAGAGAAAUACGAGAUCAUCCCGGUGGACGACCAGCCGCCGAAACCACAAAACUUGAUGCCAGUCUAUGCUUCCGGGGUAUCUCAGUAUAAACAAGCCUUCAAAGCCAUGUUGGCCCACAAGAGCCAACUUGUAUGGUUCCGCUGGCUGUAUCUGCUCUUCUCCCGAUACAUGUGGGUGAAUGAAUGGGUAGAGGUCAAGGUGUAGUGUUUAGUGU